CCUCGCCAAGGUCGUCACAAAGACUCGGACGGAGAGGAUCUCGUUCGAGGGCCAGAAGGUCGCGUCAACGUUGACCUCUACAGGAGAUCCCAGUCGGGCCCAGUGGAUCUCUGGGACAGGAAGAGGACAUCUGAUGAAACGCCUCCGUCUGCCCAAGUCCAUGAACGAGUCCCUGACCCGGUUCCAGCUGGUCCUGCAGCCGGGUCUGAAGGCCACGCCAAGAGCCAAGAAAGAGGCUUUGACCCGACUCAGGGGGGUCAAGGCCUUCCUCCACUUUAUGUCUGUGGGAUACUUGAGGCUGUCGGACUGGAGCUUCUUACACAAUGUGGCCAGGAUACGUUGCUGGGUCAAGUCCAACAGGUGGAGGUGGAACCAGGGGUGGAGUCUGUCCUGCUGCCCUGCAGAACCACAGAGGAUCUGGAUGGAGACGUUAAGGUGGAGUGGAGGGACAGAUUUAACUGGACGGUCCAUGUGUAUCAGAACGGUUCUGAUCAGCCUGCAGAUCAACACUGGCUCUACAGAACCAGAACCAAGAUGGAUGAAAACCCGCUGAGGACUGGAGACCUCGGUGUGACUCUCAGAUGGCCCAGUGAUGGAGACAGUAACACCUUCACCUGCAGCGCCUCCAACAGGAAGGGAGAAAAACUGAUGGAGAAACAAGUGAAGCUGCAGGUCACUGUCCCACAGGUGGAGGUGGAAUCGGGGGUGGAGUCUGUCCUGCUGCCCUGCAGAACCAGAAAGAACCUGCCUGGAGACGUUAGAGUGGAGUGGAGGGACAGAGACGACAAGACGGUCCAUGUGUAUCAGAACGGUUCUGAUCAGCCUGGAGAACAGAACAGAUCCUACAGAACCAGAACCAAGAUGGAGGAAGAUCCACUGAGAACUGGAGACCUCAGUCUGACUCUGAGACGACCCACUGACGAAGACAGCAACAUCUACACCUGCAGCGUCUCCAAAGGGGACGGAGACAUCCUGAUGAAGAAACAAGUAAAGCUCCAGGUCAAAGUCUGUCAGGUGGAGGUGAAAGAGGGGGCGGAGUCUGUCCUGCUGCCGUUCAGAACAACACCUGACCUGCCUGGAGACGCUACAGUGGUGUGGGGACGUAUUGAUCCAGAGCCAAAAAGGAUCGUUCACAUGUACUACAGCAGUUCUGAUCAGCCUGAUGACCAGGAUGAGUAUUUUAGUACCAGAACCAAGAUGGCUGACAACCUGCUGACAUCUGGAGACCUCAGUCUGACUCUGAGGCGUCCCACAGUGAGAGACAGUGGGCAGUACGAAUCCUGUAUAGAGAGUGGGCAGAUCUGGAGAAAGAAAAAGGUUCUGCUUAAAGUCAAAGGGACUGUCCCGGUCCAGGACCAGCUGGAGGACAUCAGGACCAGACGUGGUUCUGUUGAUCCGACUCCUCUCAUGACUGAAGAAGCUGUUUGAUCGACAUAUUGAUCAUUGACUGUAAAUCCAUCUGACUUUGGAUCAGAGUGAAAUCUCAGGAUCUGGCAGGAUGAAAACUAUUUUUAUUUGCUCAGUCUUAGUGGGCAUCGGCACCAGGUUGGUGAGGUGUGUGCUAGCAGCAGAAAUGUCUCCUGGUCUUCAGCCAAAGACUAAAGAGAAAUCCUCCAACACUAAAAUCUGACGCCUCCAUCUUGUU